AUGAAGGCCGUAGUGAUCACAAGCCCCGGCGGCCCAGAAGUCCUGCAACUUCAAGAAGUCUCAGACCCAGAAAUCAGAGACGACGAAGUGUUGAUCAGAGUUGCGGCUACCGCCCUUAAUCGAGCCGAUACCCUUCAACGCAAAGGCUCAUACCCACCUCCCAAGGGUGCUAGUUCAUACCCAGGUCUUGAAUGUUCCGGAACCAUCGAAGCCGUCGGUAAAAAUGUCACUCGAUGGAAAAUCGGCGACGAGGUAUGUGCUCUUCUUAGUGGAGGAGGUUAUGCUGAGAAAGUAGCAGUACCAGCUGGACAAGUUCUUCCUGUUCCACCUGGUGUUUCUCUGAAAGAUGCCGCUAGUUUCCCUGAGGUGGCAUGCACUGUUUGGUCUACCGUGUUUAUGAUGAGCCGUCUAGCUACUGGAGAAACAUUCUUGAUACAUGGAGGCUCUAGCGGGAUUGGUACAUUUGCAAUUCAGAUGGCUAAAUACCUAGGAAUCAAAGUAUUCGUCACUGCAGGAAAUGAGGAAAAAUUGGCUGCUUGCAAGGAUCUUGGGGCCGAUGUUUGCAUCAAUUACAAGACUGAAGAUUUUGUUGCACGAGUGAAGGAAGAAACAGGGGGGAAAGGUGUUGAUGUUAUUCUCGAUAAUAUUGGGGCAGCAUAUUUUCAGCGGAAUCUUGACAGCCUAAAUAUUGGUGGGAGGCUUUUCAUUAUUGGCUUUAUGGGUGGAACGGUCACAGAAGCAAAUCUUGUAGGUUUGCUUGCAAGACGGCUCACAGUGCAGGCGGCUGGAUUGCGAAAUAGAAGUGCAGAGAACAAAGCUGAGAUUGUAACUGAUGUGGAGAAGAACGUUUGGGCGGCAAUACAGGCGGGCAAGGUAAAACCUGUGGUCUAUAAGUAUCUUCCGUUAGCUGAAGCAGCAGAGGCUCACCGGUUAAUGGAAAGUAGCAACCAUAUUGGAAAGAUACUCCUUGUUCCAUGA